ACUUAUUCAUCGCUUUUGACAACCACUUCUCCAACCCCAUUCAUUGGACCUUGUUUGCCUACUUUGUGCUACACAGUCCGCAAAAAUGAACGGUGAUUCAUAUUCCAGCCGCGAUCGUCCCAGUGGCAGACACGCGUCUUCGCGCGACCAUUAUUCAUCCAGAGACGACCGUCGCGACCGUGACCGUGGUGGUGACAGAGAGCGUGAGAGAGAAAGACCUCGCAGACGUUCGCGCUCGCCCGCACAUCGCCCGCGCAGAGAAGAGUUCCAGGGAGACACAUAUUCGUCGAGCCGCGACUACAGAGAGCGUGAAAGAGAAGACAGAUACGCUGGUAGAGACAGACGUGGAGGAGGCCGCGACUGGGACAGAGGAGACCGCGGUGCUGAGCGACGAGACCGCCGUGAGGACCCGCGUGGUGCUAGAGAGCGCGGCGACCGCGGUGGUGACCUGUUCGAAGACCGAAGAGGUGGUGGCAGAGGCGGCCGUGAUCGCGAUGCUGGCCGUGCCCCUCAGCAGUCCAUCGACCAGAAGCGCAGCCCUAGCCCUCCGAGAAAGCCCAAGGAGCCCACUCCUGACUUGACCGAUAUCGUACCCAUCCUCGAGCGCAAGCGCCGCCUCACCCAAUGGGACAUCAAGCCUCCUGGCUACGAGAACGUCACAGCUGAGCAGGCCAAGCUCUCGGGCAUGUUCCCUCUUCCUGGUGCUCCUCGCCAACAACCUAUGGAUCCCACGAGACUCCAGGCCUUCAUGAAUCAACCUGCCAACGCUGGCGCGAACACUGCCCUCAAGCCCUCGAACGCUCGUCAGUCAAAACGUCUCUUUGUUCACGGCAUUCCUUCUACUUCUACCGAGGACAACAUCAUCGAUUUCUUCAACCUUCAGCUCAAUGGUCUCAACAUCGUCAAGGGUAUGGACCCCUGUCUUUCUGCCCAGAUUUCACCCGAACACGACUUUGCUCUGUGUGAAUUCAAGACUCCUGAGGACGCUACAACUGCUCUAGCCCUUGAUGGCAUUUCGAUGGGUGACGACUCUGCCAACGGCUCGUCCAACGGAAGACCUACUGGUCUGCAAAUCCGCCGUCCCAAGGAUUACAUCGUCCCUGCCGUUACAGACGAGAGCGAACAGGUUGAGGGCAUUGUUUCUGAAAAUGUUCCGGACACUCAGAACAAGCUUAGAAUGACCAACAUCCCCACAUUCAUCGAGGAUGCGCAAGUUAGGGAACUGCUCACCACUUUCGGAGAGCUCAAGUCAUUUGUCCUUGCCAAGGACACUUCCUCUGGUGCAAGCCGUGGCUUUGCCUUCUUCGAGUACAUGGACCCUACAAAGACCGACGAAGCUGUCACUGGCUUGAACGGCAUUGAGUUGGGCGAUGGUGCGCUUAGAGCUGCGAGAGCUGCUGUCGGUGUGCAACAGGUCGGUGGUGACAUGAGCGUAAACGCCAUGAGCAUGCUUGCUGGUACCACAAGCGCAGACGUCGAGCAAGGUCGCGUGCUUUGCCUGUUGAACAUGGUCACAGCAGAGGAGCUUCUGGAUAACGAUGAAUAUGAAGAAAUCGUUGAAGACGUCAAAGAAGAGUGCAGCAAGUACGGAUCUGUUGAGGAGAUGAAGGUACCCCGUCCUUCUGGUGGUAGCAGACAGUCCAACGGUGUCGGCAAGAUCUACGUCAAGUACGACAACAACGAGUCUGCACAAAAGGCUCUUCGUGCUUUGGCCGGUAGGAAGUUCGCCGACCGCACUGUGGUCGUCACCUUCUUUGGCGAGGAAUACUUUGAUGUUAACGCAUGGUAAAUUAACGAAAUUUGAUACCUGGAAGUUAUUGGCAAUCUUGCGACGUGCUCUUUCCGAGACGUUUUGGCAUGCAAAAGCAAGGAUCUCAUUGUACAAUAGGAAGAAAGUGAAUGGCUCAAGUCACUCAGUAGUAGCUGUUGCUUGCAAAAGCCUUUUGCGUAUUUAUUGUUCCAAAACUCCAAACUUGAUUUCUUUUCUU